AGCGCAUGAUCUCUUUGGGGCCGGCAUGGGGUGCCGAGUCGCCGACGACGAGGAGCUUCAGUCGUUUCACACCCCUUGGGUAGGUCGUUCCCGCGAGGGUUCUACGAACAAGGGAGAAAAGAUCGCGGCUCUCAGUGUUACGUGCACCAAGGGCAAGUUGUACAUAAUUCCUCAAGACCUAGGAUUCAACACGCCUGAUAAACCGUUAUUGCAAGUAAUGCUUCAAGUUGUAUCAGCUAGAUUUAUCAUCGUUUCUUCCACUAGAGUCUUCGUGUUUACAAAUCAUCUUCUCAAUGAACAAGGUAAUAUUUUAUUAGUCAUAUUUUUCAUUAUUUUAUUGAAUAGCAUUAGGUAA